AUGUGGAAAGAGAUGAUGAAAAUUGAUGAAAAAUGGGGUGUGAUUAUGGAUGUGCCGACUAGGUGGAAUUCUACUUACUUGAUGUUGAGAUCUUCCUAUAAGUUCCACAAAGUCCUUGAUAGGAUGUUUUGUGAUGAGCCUAAUGCUAUAUCAUUUUUCGACGGCAACACUCCAUCCAUUCCAAGUAGUUUUGAUUGGGAAGAAGCACAAGGCUAUAUGGAUUUGUUGAAGCCGUUUUAUAAUGUCACCUUGAAGGUAUGUUGUUCUCAUUAUCCUUCAAUUCAUGAUACAUUUGGUGAUUUGCUUCGAAUUAAGUGUCUUUUAGAAGAACAAGUUAAUCCAAAUUUGAUUGGGAUUAUAGAACUUAUGAUAGAAAAGUAUAAUAAGUAUUGGGGUGAUUUAGAUAAGUUAAAUCAAUAUAUAUUUAUUGCUAUUGUUCUUGAUCCUCGAUAUAAGCUUGAGAAAGUAGUUGAUUAUUUUGAGAUUUUAUUUGGGGAGAUUGAUGAGAGGGUGGAGGUGAACUCAAAGAUGGUGAAAAACCUCUUGUAUGAUAUUUACAAGGUUUAUGAGGAAGAUGAAGAAUUUAGUGUUAGUGGUUCUCAAGUAUCUAAUGAGGGGAAUGUAGGGAGUUCAACUUCAAUUGAGGGUUUAACGGAGUUUGAUAAGAUGUUGAAGGAUAAAGAAGAAAGGAGAAGAGCAAGGCGAACCGAACUCAUUAACAAUGACAUUGAUAGGUAUCUUGGAGAUGCUAUGGAGAGUGAUCAUGAGAAAUUCCAUUUGUUAAAUUAG